UCAACUUUGUUGACCUGGAAUCUGUCCAUGGGAAAGUGUCUCAUCUCCCUGAUCCCGUUACUCGCGGGUUCUUCUUGCCCAAACACCCUCCUGCCCAAAAUACUCUUCAUUACAUCUUGUUUCCUGACAGCCUGCACAGUUCUCAUGGAACCUAGGUGGAUUUAUUAAUCUCUUUGAACUUUUCUAACCCGUUUUUCUCCACACUCGAGUAUCUGUGUGUUAUCAGAGUGUUCGCCUGCCAUCAUGGCGACGGGCGGCUCGCAGACGGACGUGAAGAGCUCUCUGAAUGGGAGCAUGGAUAUGCAUCACAGCUGGUUCGGUUCUACGACUCCACGACCUCCUCUAAGAAACUACCUGCUUCUGACCAUCCUCACCUGCUUCUGUCCGGCCUACCCUGUCAACAUUUUAGCCCUGGUCUUCUCUGUAAUGUCCAGAAGCAGUUAUGAUCAGGGGGAUUAUGAGGGUUCAAGGCGUUUAGGGAGGAUGGCGCUCUAUGUGUCCAUCGCAUCCAUCAUCAUCGGCAUCCUCAUCAUCACCAUCUUCUGCGCUGUGCAUUUCAGCACGAAGGACGUGUAAGAUGACAGUAUUUUUGUCGUGCUGUGCUCUGGGUGAAGAAUGUCGACUGGGUCGCUCUGUCUGUCGAACUGAACAGAGAUUUUAGUAAUGAAACCAGGAGCAGAACAGAUCCAGCACAGGACAUCAGCACUCCUCCAUCUGAAGUCCAGCUCUGAAGGAACAUGCUUAUAUAAAAGAGAGGUAGAUGAAAAGUUAUGCCAUUUUUGUCAAGAAUUUUUUUCAGACAAUCACAAUGUAUGCACUUUUAAAUCACUGAAUAAUAUGCAUCCAUGCACAUAAUGAAUAUGUAAAUAAUUUUGUAACCCAUGCAUGUCUGUUCUUUUUCUCUUUUUUGUUUGCAAUCCUGUGUUGAAAUGUACAGCUACAACAGUUUCAGGGUUGAAUUUCAAUGCAAACAAUGAUUAAUAAUGACCUUAACUAGUAAAUAUCAUUACAACACAUCACACUGUUUACAGCCUUCAAGUCUUAAAAGCUCUUAUAAAUUCUGUAAAAACUAAUCAUGGACAUACUGAAUAUGUAAAUAUUAUUAAUGUUUGGUGCUUAAAGUUUUCCUCUGCCAGUAGAUCAUGAAAACAAUGAAAGGGGUCUUAAUUUUUAUA